AUGUAUAAAUGGGACGAUUCUCUUGCCACCUCUGCCCAAGACUAUGCCAAUACCUGUCCAGAAUCACUCUCCCAACCAUCUGGAGAGAACAUCUACUUCGGAUACGAUUCAACUGACAAAAACACUGUGGAUUACUUUGGACCAAGAUCCUCGCAAGUUUGGGAAGAGGAGUUCGUAAAAUUCGGAUGGAAUUCCACUACGAUGGAUGAUAACGCCUCCAACAUAAAAGAGGCAACUCAGAUGGUUUGGGCUUCGACAAGCUCAAUUGGGUGUGGAGUGAAGGUUUGUCCAAAGGACCCGUCCCAUAACGACAUGUUCAAGUAUGUUGUGGUGUGCCAUUAUGAGCAACCAGGAAACGUGAAGGGCCGUGAGAUUUAUAAGGAAGGAAAGACCUGCUCUACUUGCUAUACUGGAUUGACUUGUGAGACUGCAACUGGAUUGUGUGUUUAA